GCAUGUGGAGGACAUCUCCAAGGUAUUUUCUACUGCUCUCAACUACACAGCCAUGCGCAUCCUUGGGGUUAGUCCUGAUGAUCCAGACCUGUUGCGAGCUCGAAACAACCUCCAUGAAAAAGGUGGUGCUGUAGGAAUAGCUUCCUGGGGUAAAUUUUGGUUGGCUGUCUUGAAUGUCUACAGCUGGGAAGGAAUGAAUACACUUUUCCCUGAGAUGUGGUUGUUUCCCUCCUGGAUGCCCGCCCAUCCUUCCACUCUUUGGUGUCACUGUCGUCAAGUGUACCUGCCCAUGGCCUACUGCUAUGCUGCACGUCUGACUGCAGCAGAAGAUGAUGAGCUUGUUUUGAGCCUCCGACAGGAGCUGUAUGUGCAAGACUACUCCAGUAUUGACUGGCCAGCACAGAGAAAUAAUGUGGCUGCAGAAGAUGUAUACACACCACAUAGCUGGCUGCUUACAAUUAUCUAUGGUGAGUUUAUGGUCCUGGAAAUAUCUAAAACUAUUAACAUGCUUGUGCGCUGGUUUGUGGAGGGAGAAAAAUCUCCAGCAUUCCAGGAACAUAUCUCCAGAAUCCCUGACUACCUCUGGAUGGGGCUGGACGGCUUGAAGAUGCAGGGCACCAACGGGUCCCAAGUUUGGGAUACAGCAUUUGCUGUCCAGGCUUUCCUAGAGGCUGGUGCUGAGAAGAAACCAGAAUUCUCUUCUUGUCUGAUACAUGCGCAUGAGUUUUUGAGAAUCUCACAGAUUCCAGAUAAUCCACCUGAUUACGACAAGUAUUACCGACAUAUGAACAAGGGUGGAUUUCCCUUCAGUACUCGUGACUGUGGUUGGAUUGUCGCUGACUGCACUGCAGAAGGGCUGAAGUCAGCAAUGCUACUCCAAGAGAAGUGCCCAUUCAUAAAAGACCACAUUCCGCCCAGCCGCCUCUUCAGUGCUGUGAAUGUGUUGCUAAGCAUGCAGAACGCCAAUGGUGGCUUUUCUACAUAUGAGACUAUGCGAGGAGGGUGGCUGCUGGAACUACUGAAUCCUUCUGAGGUGUUUGGCGAUAUCAUGGUAGACUACACUUACGUUGAGUGCACUUCAGCAGUGAUGCAGGCACUGAAACACUUCCAUGAGCAUUUCCCUGAGCACAGAGCAUCAGAGAUAAGAAAGGUGCUCCAAAAAGGCUUCCAGUAUUGUCGGAGAACGCAGAGAGCUGAUGGUUCCUGGGAAGGGUGUUGGGGUGUGUGCAUCACCUAUGGCACGUGGUUUGCGUUGGAAGCAUUUGCUUGUAUGCAGCACACCUAUCAGGAUGGAGUGGCCUGUGAGGAAGUGUCCCGUGCUUGCGAGUUCCUGGUCUCCAAACAGAUGGAGGAUGGUGGAUGGGGAGAGGAUUUUGAGUCAUGUGAACAGCGCAGAUACAUCCAGAGUGCCGCCUCCCAGAUCCACAACACCUGCUGGGCUCUUCUCGGACUCAUGGCGGUUCACUAUCCAGAUGUGAAAGUCUUGGAGAAGGGAAUCAAAGUUUUGAUUCAGAAACAACUGCCUAAUGGGGAUUGGCCUCAAGAGAACAUUGCUGGAGUAUUUAACAAGACCUGUGCUAUCAGCUACACUUCCUACCGCAAUGUCUUCCCCAUCUGGACCCUGGGACGCUUUUCUCGUCUGUAUCACGCCAGCCCUCUUGCUAGCAAGCUCUCUACUGGGGCCUUAAGAAAUGGAGAAAAGAGACUGGCUGCAGGGCUGACAAGUAAAAAUACAUUGUCAUUCAUCCUUUCCUAAGUUUGGGAUAGUAACCAGUGCUGAACUUACCAUUUUGUUGAAAUUCUUUGUAAUUUUCUCAAUUGCUAUCAAGGGCUAUGUAAAGAUAACCAUAAGGUUCUGUUUGAAAGAACCUCUGAAAGGACACAAUUGAAGGGAAGGCACUG